AGUAUGUAGUAUUUCAUGGCCAACUUCAAGGCUUCAAGCAAGAGGAACCCCGUAGAUGUUCUUCAAAGCCAAGCAUUUCAGGGAUAAAAUAAAUAUAUAUUGAUCUAUCUUCAACCAAAUAACCUUCAAAACACUUGCGAAGAAAGAGCCAGGUGAUUAUAAAUGCAUAGACACAGUUUGCCCCCUCUUCCAACAACACCUCAACUCCACCCACCGUCGCCAAAAUGACUCUCUCUGUAACCAGAACUGCUCGUGGAAUGGUUCAGCCAUCUGGGCAGACACCCACUGGUACGCUCCAUCUCUCAUUCAUCGACAGAUUGCCAGUUCUGCGGUGCAAUGCUAGAACAUUGCAUGUAUUUAGGCAUGGCCAUGAACCUGCCGAGAUUAUUAGGGAAGCCUUAUCCAAGGCACUGGUUCCCUAUUAUCCUCUUGCAGGGCGGCUCAAGGAAUCAAGCCAGGGGGAGCUCCAGAUUGCAUGUACUGGAGAAGGCCUCUGGUUUGUUCAGGCAUCUGCUGAUUGCAGCAUGGAUGCUGUCAAUUAUUUCGACAACAUCCCAAUGGUCCACCAUGAAAAGCUCCUUCCAGAUCUUCUCACAGAAGUCGAUGAUCUAGACCCUCUGGUGCUGAUGCAGGUUACCCAGUUUACAUGUGGAGGGUUUGUGAUGGGGCUCAUUUUCUGCCACAGCAUAUGUGAUGGGCUGGGAGCUGCACAGUUCCUCAGCGCCGUUGGUGAGUUGGCCAGAGGCUUGCACCAUCCCAGUGUUGCACCAGUAUGGUGUAGAGAAGCACUCGCAACCACGGCACCACAAGUAUAUGCAACUGGGAAGGCAAACCCACCACCACCACUGCCGUUCUUACCAGACUACCAGCUAAAGCAUGCGACCAUGGACAUUACCCCAGACCAAAUCAAUCAGCUAAAGCAUGAGUUCCAGGAGUCGACGGGUCAAACUUGUUCCACAUUUGAAAUAGUAGCUGCUAGAAUGUGGAGCCGCAGGACAAAAGCCAUAAAUUUAGAAAAGGAUGCCAAAGUCACACUGGUGAUCUUUGCAAACGCUCGUCAACUCCUGCACCCACCACUGCCGAAAGGUUUCUAUGGCAACUGUUUCUUUCCAGUAACAAUUACAGUUUCUAGUGAGAAAGUUUCACAGGCCUCGCAUGCUGAGGUUGUGAAACUCAUACAGGAGUCCAAGUCGAUGCUGCCCAUCGAAUUCACCAAGUGGAUAAAUGGCAAUUCUGUAGGAGAUGUAGACCCAUUCGCACCACCCCUUGCCUACACAACGAUGUUCAUAUCAGAAUGGGGUCGACUGGGAUUCAACCAGGUUGACUAUGGGUGGGGCCCUCCAGUUCACAUGAUACCGAUUCAAGGCUCCAGCAUCAUCCCCGUGGCAAUCGUAGGAACACCACCCAAACCAAAGAAGGGCAUCCGUCUGAUGACAUGGAGUGUCAGUGGGCCUCACCUACAGAACUUCCUUGAACAAAUGCUGAAUCUAACUUGAAUCAAUUCAUGGAUUCCUCAGUUCUUAUUUAUGUUUUUAGUUUGGGGAGGAAUUAGACUUCAAUAAAACGAAAAUGAGAAUGCAUUUAUAA